GCAGUUUUAUGCGUUGUGCACUUCCCAUUAAAUUUGAUCUGAUAAGCCGCAUGCAUCAACAAUAAUAAUUGUUUGGUAAUCUUAAAUGUUGUAUUUCUGUGAUCUGGAUUAGUUUGGUGCGAUAUCAAUAAUAACCAGUGGGUAUUUAAUCAUAAUAAAACUGUUUAAAGUUCUUUUAUAAGAAAAAACAUAUAAGCAAAACAUAUUACGUGAGAAGCCUAAGAUAGAAAAGUAGAAUUAAUGGUUCCCCCACGUUUAUUCUACUGUUUUCACUGGUGUUAAGAAAAUUUCAACAUAUCCAAAAUGGACAACGACCAAAUGAAAUUGGAGCCUAUGGGUCCCAAAGAUAUUGAAGAGAGAUCAGGUCUUCUUGAUAAAGGGGGACGACAAAACAACCAAUCAGCCGAGAAUGGCGGUGACGACUUUGAUCCUCAUAUGUACAGACAAAAUGAACACCCUACAACGAACAUGGAAACUCUUAUCCAUCUACUGAAAGGUGCCAUAGGAACCGGAAUCUUAGCCAUGCCAGAAGGGUUCAAAUUAGCUGGAAUGAUAAAUGGAAUCAUUUCUACCAUUAUUAUAGGAGCUCUCAGUACAUACUGUUUGCGAGUAUUGGUAAUAGCUCAAUACGAAUUAUGUAAACGGAAACGAGUGGGGCUUUUAACUUAUCCAGAUUCUAUGAGAGUGGCGUGUGAGGUGGGUCCGAAACCUUUACGAAGGUUUGCUCCAUAUGCCCCGGGAAUCACCAACUUCUUUCUCAUCGUCUAUCAAGUCGGCAUCUGUUGUGUCUACGUGGUCUUCGUUGGUGUCAACAUCAAGGCCGUCUGUGAUGAAUACAUCAAGCCCGAGAUCAACCAAACCUUGUACAUACUGAUGUUCUUCAUCCCGUUUCUACUAAUAAUGAUGCUCAGAAAUUUAAAACUUUUAGUGCCAUUUUCGUACUUAGCAAAUUUUAUCACUCUUUUGACGUUUGGCGUUUGUGGAUACUACGUUUUCCAAAAUUUGCCGGCGUUUUCAAGCCUUCCAGCGUUUGGUCCGUUGGAUAAGUACCCUUUGUAUUUUGGAACGUGUUUGUUCUCUCUGCAGGCUGUCGGAGUGGUUAUAUCUCUGGAAAACAACAUGGCCACGCCGAAGAGUUUCUUAAAACCUUUUGGUGUUCUAAACGUUGGAAUGGUUUUGGUAAUCUUUGUCUACGUAUUUCUUGCUAUGAUGGGAUACUGGAGGUACGGGGAUGGUAUCAAGCCUAGCAUCACGUUGAAUUUUCCUUCAGAAGAUAUCUUAGCACAAGUCAUAAGAAUCUUAUAUUCCACCGCUAUCUUCAUUUCCUACGGCCUACAAGGUUUCCCAGCUGCUCAAAUCACAUUCACGACUUACAUUCUACCUCAUUUAGGUGAAGAUCCUUCGGAAAAGAAGAAGCUCAUCUAUGAAUAUAUACUUAGAUUCGGAAUCGUUUUUCUAACUUUUAUUUUAGCAAUCUCAGUACCACUCCUUGGACUGUUUAUCUCGUUGGUUGGAGCAUUCUGCUUAUCUGCUCUAGGAAUAGCCUUUCCAGCCAUUAUAGAGAUGUCAGCUUUUUGGCCAGAUAGACUGGGUCGUGGAAAUUUCAUCUUUUGGAAGGAUAUAGUACUCAUUCUUAUAGGUUUGAUAGGUCUCGUAGUAGGAAGCUACAGUUGUAUUUACGCAAUCGUACAAGCCCUGGCAGCUGGAAAAACAUAAAGAACCCGAAUCGGCGACGAAGUAACGAAUCUAGUGAGAUUUGCCACUUUGGUGGUGUUGAUCUCUAGAAGGAGUCGCUUAGGAUCUCCAAACCAGUAAAUUAUUCAGAGAUUUUCGAAAUAGUUUUUUAAAAUUUGUACUGUUAUACUUAUGAAAUUUACAUGAAUACUAUGUAUUUUGUUUUAAUAAAAAAAAAAUCAAAUG